GGAGGAGGCGGUGGCAGUGGUGGAGGAAGAGGCGGCGGCGGCGGCGGGGAUAGGGUGCCUGGAAGCGCGAGCGGGGAUGGUAGGUGGUUUGGACUCGCCGGGCCGCCGUCGUUUCCAGAAAGGGUUUGACUGGAGGAACCUCUGGAGCAGCUCCCACUGGCCAGAAGUAGACACAUUUCCCCACCUGACUGAAAGAAACUGAGGGAGCCAAUGGGAUGUUUGUCAGUUGCUGACUACUGAAUUCCUCAGAAGGUGACUAAAAAGUGAGCAGUUGAUGUGGUAAUUGGGUGUUUGAAGGCUAAUCAGCACCAAUCAGGUUGCCUGGCUCCUCUGACUGAUGGCAUGCUGAGGUACAUGGGCCAGUGGCAGCGAGGGCAUCCAAUCCAGAGAGGGCCACUCUAGAAGCCAGGCCACCAGCACCAUGGGGCAGUGUGUCACCAAGUGCAAGAAUCCCUCAUCGACCCUAGGCAGCAAGAAUGGAGACCGCGACCCCAGCAGCAAGUCACACAGCAGGCGGGGUGCAGGUCACCGUGAGGAGCAGGUGCCACCCUGUGGCAAACCAGGUGGGGACAUCCUCGUCAAUGGGACCAAGAAGGCAGAGGCCGCCACUGAGGCCUGCCAGCUGCCGACAUCCUCAGGAGAUGCUGGGAGGGAAUCCAAGUCCAAUGCUGAGGAGUCUUCUUUGCAGAGAUUGGAAGAACUGUUCAGGCGAUAUAAGGACGAGCGGGAGGAUGCAAUUUUGGAGGAGGGCAUGGAGCGCUUUUGCAGUGAUCUGUGUGUCGACCCCACGGAAUUUCGAGUGCUGCUGUUGGCUUGGAAGUUCCAGGCUGCUACCAUGUGCAAAUUUACCAGGAAGGAGUUUUUUGAUGGCUGCAAAGCAAUAAGUGCAGACAGCAUUGAUGGGAUCUGUGCACGGUUCCCUAGCCUCUUAACAGAAGCCAAACAAGAGGAUAAAUUCAAGGAUCUCUAUCGGUUUACAUUUCAGUUUGGCCUGGACUCCGAAGAAGGGCAGCGGUCACUGCAUCGGGAAAUAGCCAUUGCCCUGUGGAAACUAGUCUUUACCCAAAACAAUCCUCCAGUGUUGGACCAGUGGCUAAACUUCCUAACAGAGAACCCCUCGGGGAUCAAAGGUAUCUCCAGGGACACUUGGAACAUGUUCCUUAACUUCACUCAGGUGAUUGGCCCCGACCUCAGCAACUACAGUGAGGAUGAGGCCUGGCCAAGUCUCUUCGAUACCUUUGUGGAGUGGGAAAUGCAGCGACGUCAGAGAGAGGGGGACGGAAGAGGCGCACCCAGCUCAGGGCCCGAGGGCUUGUGUCCCAAUGAGCAGACUUAGUGGCUCUGUCCCAGGAGCAGCAGCAAGACUCUGCCCGCUGCCCUGCAGCCAGCCGAGGAGUUGGACCUCUCUGGAAAUCACUAAAGAUCCAGAUAUUUUCUACUUUACACCUUUCUCUGCCUUGUAUCUGAAAGGGCUCUAAAAUGCUGUAUCAUGUUUUAGGCACUUUCUUCACUUUUUGGUUAUUUUGGUUAUUUCUUUUUGGGGGGGAUCCCCCAAAAUAUUUGAACCUGGUUACAUGUUGUGUACCUUUUUUUUGAAGCCUUCAGAUAGAAUAAGCCUGCCAUUUCUUGCACAAAUUAGAUUUUUUUUGGUGAGGGAGGGUGUAGAGCAGGGUGGGGAGGGAGUGGGACUGUUAGGUUGAAUUAACAUGACAAAAAUGAUGCCUGUGCCAGAUCUCAGUUUUGCAUAUUGUUUUUCAGGGCAGGUCUGUACUGUGUGUAGUGCUGUUUACAUGGUUGAAUUUAGGUUGUGAUAAUUAUUUUUAAGGAUUUACACAGAUUUGAAUAGCAGUGUUAACUGUUAACCAUAUUGCAUUAAUCCCAGAUGAUUUAGAGCUCUCGAGAGGGAGCCAAGGCCAGCCAAGAGCAUUUGUAGUCUGGUGACAACCCCCUUUAAAGCUAAUUGAUCCGAAACCCUUAUUCCCCUCACUUGCUCAUUCCUUCUUUGACCUAUUGCAUGUUGAGUAUAUCCACCAACAUGCUGCACCUGUCAGUCAAGUGAGCAAUUUUUUUUUUUUUUAGAACACAUUGUAUUGAGAACCACUUAAGCGUUGAAUGCAGAGAAAGCAGUGCUACCUCAGUUUUGCUGGAAGUAGACUUCUUUGAUAGUUUUCUUUCUUUGAUGAAGUUUCUGUAUUUUCAUGUUGUAAGUGGAAAUACUUUUUUUUUUUUUCCCCAUUUGCCUUGGAGCCAAAGUUUCAGUUCUUGGGGGUCGGAAAACUGUGCCUGCCGGCCACCUGACUUGAAGGAAAACUGUGGUAUGGAGCUCUGCUUGAAUUUUUUUUUUUAAUUUCUUUCUUUGAGUAUCAUCACCUUACUUGUCUGGCAAGUGCAGAAGCCUGGGGCUGGCCUGAACUCUGCCAAACAAAUAUCAAAGUGUAUUUAACAGUUAAAUGUGUGCCCUUUCCCUUCUUGCUGCACCCAUGUUGUCACUUAACCCCCAGGAGUUAUUUAUUACCUUUUUGUUAAUGUUAGACUCAUUUGGGGUAAUGUGAUGACUGUUUAGGUUUACAUGACCCUCCUCUCCUUUCCCUACCCCCAAAUAUGUAUAUAUACAUAUAUAAAAUAUGUAUAUAUUUUACCUAUAUAAAAUAUAUAUAUACACAUAUAUGUAUCUAUAUUCCUUUGUUUCUUUGCCUGCUAAAACUGGCCAUAAAAGAGGGAAUUGCCUUCGAUAUAUAAAGUAUAAGAAGAGUGCCAGGGAACUUCAUGAUGGAGGCUUUUGAAUCUGAAUUUGGACCAUUUUCAGUAAAGAGAACACGAGUUUGCUCAGCCCUUUCCUCACAAGAGAGGGCCCAGUUCCCCAGACUCGUCCCGCACUCGUGCUCACUCCCUAAGGCCAGCUUUGGCAAAACUGCCACAGGCGCCUGAGGAGCUGACUUUGGUCCUACCUGGUUUCAGUACUGAGUCCUCAUUAUUUUAUCACUUAAAAAAAUAUGUCCUCAAAAAAUUGUAAUGGAAGGUCGAUGGCAGGAAAUUGUACAGUUCAGCUUCCAACACUUUGGAACAGAUUAAAAGGAUUAUUUUAAAUAAAAAUUUAAAAAAUAUUUAUACUCUUGAGGUAAUGAGAGCUUAUCUAUUAAAUGUUUAGAAUUUUCUCCCCUAACUGUGCCCAUUUCCUCCCCAGGUAUAAGUUUCUCAGCCUGGGCAGGAAUUCCAUUUUUUGAGUUCCUUUAUUAGUAGACUGACAGCUCUGGGCUCCCAUCUUUAUAAAGAUGAUUGAGGAGUUUUGGCAGUUGGUGUCUUUCUAAAAUUGAUAAUUGACAUAGGGAACAUGCAUGGAUUUUUUUUUUUUUUAAAUUUUGUUUUUAAAUCUGAUAGUUUUGCCCCUUGUAGAGGGGCAGAAAGGAAAGUUUAAAAUCAGCCUCAGUAGGUUAGCAACACUGCUGGGAAGCUGAAGGGGGCUCUUAGGCUAGAUGUCUGACUUUGUUCUAGCUAAAUAAGACACAAGAUUCUUGCAUAAGAGUCUAUGGGGGCCCCAGCAGGUUCUGUGGGCUCACUGUAGUUGGGGUAUCCAGAAUAAGUCUUAGACUACCUUCUCACCCAGCCAGUUUGCAACCCCCCAUUUUUCCUCAUCCUGGACUGGGUAGAGGUUCAGUGAGGGAAAAGGCAGGCUGCUCCUCGCUAGGGAAGUUCUUUCUAUCCCAGAUCAGGACGGUGUGCAAGAGACAUGCCCAAAAGAUGGAGGCAGCUGAGGAUUCUGCAGGAACUAGAGUCCUUCCCCAGCUUACAAGAAGGCAUUCCAUGAAUUAAGUGUACUAGAAUGGGUGGAUUUUAUUUUGUUUUUUAAUUAUUCAACUUCCCUACCUCCCACAAAAGAGCCAUUUAAAAAAUUCGUUAUAUUUUUAAUGAUCUGUUUGUUACAAAGAUGCAAGUGGAUAAUCAGGAAAGGGAGCAGUUUGGGAGGGGACUUAAUAGGUUCCUUACAGGUUCGAGUCCCUGAUGCUGAGCAAGGAUUUCAAGCUUCUGCAGUAUCUCUGGGCCAGUGCUUGACUCAUGACCACAGGAAAAGCAGUUUUUCUGCAAAGGGAUCCAGGGUGAGGUGUGUAUAGGGCUUGCAGUUAUGCUUCUAGGAAAUGGAAGGCCUUGUUCCUCUCAACCUAGAAAUAGGAUUGCUGCUUAAAGAGUGAGCAGUAAUUCUGUGGAGGCCAAAUGCACACCCCUCAGGUGAGCCAGUGCACCCCUCACUUUAGCAGUGUAACACCAGGGUGAUGUGGAGAGGGGCAGGCUGUGGAUGCUACUUUUAAAGUUGGCAACACCUGAGAGUGACUACAACAAAGUGAAUAUAUGUGCUGGGAAAUUGCUUGGUUUGGCAAAUGGCUUUGUCUGUGAGCUUCUGUGGUGUUUCUUUAGCAACUUGUUAGAAAGCUGGUAUGAGAUGAAGUGUUACUUCAUUGAAUUGCUCUUUCCCCUGCCCUUGCCAAAUUUAAAUGUAUCAUUCUUAACCCCACCUCCUGUAAUGAACUCAGCUGAUUGCCUCAGCAGCUCUCCCCUUAUCCUGCCAGAUGUGCCCACAUGUGUGAGUUGGGUCCAGGAAUCCAUAUCUGCCUUUCUGAUAAGAGAAUAAGAAAAGUAUAGAUUUGGGUGAAGAUCUAAAUGUCAGUAAACCCCCAGGCCCGGGGAAAUACAACUGAAAAUGUACAAAGUAGUGUUUUUAAUAUUAAACUUCCCUAAAGUAAGGUGCAAACUAGCCUUCUUGGGCAGGAAGGAUUAAGCCACACAGUAUUAGUCAGUCUUUGAAGCAGUACUAAUCUGCCAGGGUCUGGUGCCAAAAUUCAGUCCUCAGUGCUGGAGGCUGCAGGGUGUGGGACCUUAUAUAGUUCACUUGAUGGCCUCAUAAAUAAUAUACUAUGCCAAAUUGUAUGAAAUGGUGGUGGGAAAUAACUGGGAUGAAGACUUGUCUAAAAGUUUACAAACCAAAACAGAUCUCUGUUUAGGACUGUUUGGUUUACUAUAUUUCAAGUCAAGUCUUCACUGCAGUGAAGCCCAAACGCCGCCAUAAUUAUACAAUUAUAAGGUAAGGGCCAGAAGAAAGCUGCUGUUAGAUUUUUUCGUUUCCUGCUUUGGUAUUUUUCUUGUCUCUUAUGUUUGGUUAGUGAUGACUUGAACAUGUUGGUAAAUUGACAAAGGUCUUCCUUGAGGAUUCCACCAAUGUCUUGUUUAAAUGGCUGAAAGGACUAUGAAAGCUACUGAAGGGUAUUAAUUGGAGGGUAUCAUUUGAGGACAUCUGACAUUGAUCCUCCUUUUAUUCCACAAAUUUUCUGAGUCACAUAUAGAGGGGGUUCCCACUCACCCCCCCUCACAGUUUAUUCCCAUGGUAAGCUGUAACUCAGCAUAUGCCCAGAUUAACCUGGACUAGGAGUACAUGUCAGGGAGGAUCAGCUUUUUUCCCUUUUUGAAAGACAAAAUAAAUUGUUCCUUGAGCACUAGUUGCAGAAGCCAAAAUGGUUCAAAUAGCUUUAAGUAACCGUUGGUUUCUGCUUCUGAUUCAGGUGCUGGGUAUCAUGUCUUCCCUAUUCCUCUCAUGUAAAACCGGCCUGCUCCCAUAGAUACUUAAUUCCACCACCCACCUUCUUUCCCCACUCCUUACGACACAGGUCUUGGAUAUUGCCAAAGGAAGCCAUUCAGCAACUGCUGUGGUUUUUUUCCCCCAACGUAUAUACAUUUUCUCUGGGAAAAGUGUCUUCCCUCUGACCCUGGUCCCCAGUCCGAUUACUUGCUGUUACCUGUUGCACUAAUGAAUAUGAUCCUAAGUUUCAAAGGGGGAAGUUGAAGCAAUAGGCAAAUGGGGCUUGGAUGAAUUGGUCCUGCAGGUACCCUGCCUUAAGCCGCCGAGGUGAUGAGUCCACUGCUCACGUGACCCUCCACCUUUGUGGAUCCCUCUUGGUUUGUGACGAGUGUAUCUGUUUCUUGAGUUUGUACAAAUUUCAUAGAAGUUAAUACUUUUGUUUGUAUUCUCUGCACUGUUGCACUCUCCAAAUGGCCCCUUGAAUAUCUUUACUGUUACCCACAUUUUUGUCUUGGAUGUCUCCCUUUUUUUUUCCUUUGAUGUUUUUUUAUUUGGAAGGUUACCUGCUGUUGAAUUUAAUAAAUUUGUUUACUUGCCUAUUGA